GGCCACAAUCCUUUUCUCCAUUGCCAUUUAACCCCCCCGUCGGCGUUAACCCUUCCGAUAUCAUUGCGCAUACAAGGCUCGAGGGCUCAGCUGUCACCGCGCAUCAACGGGCGCUGGGACGCAAUCACAAGCUCUGCUCGUCUCGACUCGACUUGACUGGUCUGAACCAACCCAUUGACCUUUUCUCGGCACAGCCUUCGCAAGCCUACCACCUCCACUCCACAAAGCCAAUAACAACGCAUCGUCUCGCGCUCUCUCUAUUAUCAUCGACGGCCCGAGCAAUGUCUCCACUAUGAAGAGCAGAAAAUGCUUCCCGAACCGACUUUGAGCUUCACGCUCCCUAGCCUUCACGAUGACACUGUCUUGGACUGCCGUUUGUAUCAUUGCCAGGCAUUGAACCCCUCCGCAUCGAACCCGCCGCCAUGGAGACGACACGCUGCCGUUGUCGCACAUCCCUAUGCGCCCUUGGGCGGUUCCUAUGACGACCCUGUUGUCGAUAUCGUUGCAGCCACGCUACUGCGACAAGGCUUCCUAGUCGGGACUUUCAACUUCAGGGGCGCUUCUGGAUCAGCAGGUCGUACGUCAUGGACGGCAAAGCCAGAACGCAGCGACUACAUGUCAUUCAUUGGCUUCAUGGUCUACUAUAUGCACUUCCUCGAUCCCUACGGAUCGGCCAGCGCCCGCUCGCCGACAACGACUCUGUCUCCAGGCAUCCCCGACGCCCAAUCGAGGCCUCCUUCAUACCAUCCCCUCCUCCUCAUCGGCGGUUACUCAUACGGAGCCAUGGUGACGACGCAGAUUCCACCGAUGGCGCACAUCCUCGCACAGUUUAAGGUGCCUGCAGCUGGCUCCGCGGCUGCUGACAUCCGUCUUCGAGCGCAGCAUCUGGCAGAGCAGCAGAACGUCAUCUUGGCGAGCGCUAGAGCUGCGAGUUCCGUAUCACCGCGAAAGAAAUACCUUGGCAUGCGAGUCGGAGGCGAUGAAGAUACUCAGCGCAAGAGUCACGAAGCUCGGAGAUCCAUGUCGGAAACGAGGAGAUCCUUUUCUAUUGACGCCGAGGAUAAGAUCCGACGGGGCGUUAAUGAUUUACUGGCGAAAACGAAAAGACAUCAUCACAAGGGCGUGGCGGUGCCCCAGGAAAAAUUGGCUACUAUACCUUCGAACCAUGAAGUUUCUGUUGUGUUGGAAGAGGUUCCGAAUCUGACCCAAGUCCGGCCGGCAUAUCUACUCAUAUCUCCGCUGCAGGGAGUCAUUACCCAUCUAGCAGCUAUGUCAUUCCUUCACACAACACCUGGUCGAGGACUGUUCUCGCGGGGUGGAGGAAGACCUAGAGAGCAGGGGGCACCGACCUUUACGGCGGAUCAAAAACAUCAAAGUGAGAGCAAGCUGGUUGAAAAUGAUACCUUGGCAUUGUACGGCGACAGAGAUAUCUUCGUUCCCGUGGCCAAAUUGCGAGGGUGGGUAGAACGUCUGGAAGGGACCGACGGAUCCCAUUUCCAUGGCAAGGAGGUUUCGUCGGCUGGGCACUUUUGGACAGAAGGGGACGUGGCUUCCAUCCUCCGAGAUAAGGUCUCGGACUUUGCGGCGAAGCUAUUGCAGGGAGACGACGAAGGUAGGCCCGUCAGUGAACCGGCGUAGCCACAUUCGUGUGAACGUACCUCGAGACUUUAAUGGCGGCAGUGCACGAAGGACGCAACCGCCGCCUUAGUCAACGAAUGAAUACAAUAUGGGUGUGUAAGAAUACUUCGCUUAGGACGACAUGAGCAACGAGUUGGAUGUCAGCGAGUGUAAGCCGCACAGCGACACAUAAAAGAGUAAGGCGUAGAAAGAGCUUGGACAACGUUGGAGUUUGACUCGGGGCGUCCCUGUUGGUGUCUGCAGGUAGUUUAGUGAUUAUGUUUGACGAACACGGGC